AUGGACGCCGCAAGCCUCAGCGGCUCCAGCAGCACCAGCAAAAUCAGCAAACUGCUCCCUAAAAAGCUCGCAGUCCACCGCCGCCUCAGGAACCACCCGUCCGGCGAGAGCCUCGACUCGGCCGCCAGCAGCGACGACGGCCCGCGUGGCAGGAGUCCCUCCAGCCGCGAACUCCCAGCAGGCAAAGGCUCCUUCUCCACGUCCCAUGGCAGCGAGCCGAGCCUGAUCGAAGACGACAACAGCAUUGACGGGGACGACGCAGAGGCCGCCAUCUCGCCAUUCGGCUACGAGGGCGACGAAGCAGUGUCAGGGCGUCGAUCCUCUGUGCGACCCACUGUCCCGUCCACGCACCCGUCUCAAAUCGGCCAUCUGACGACAUCAUCUCCCUUCAUCCAAGACCAACACCUCUCGGAGAUCCAGACUCUCGAUCACGGCGACAGCUCGGACGCAAGCAUCGCCAGCAGCGACAUUGCACCAAGCACAGACCGUGCCCAGGCGGUCACGCCUCCGGAGCACCAUGCGGACGAGCCAGUAGAAGCACCACCUGCCAAACAGUCGUUGCGCCCCUUUCGGCCUCAGCCAUCCAUCGACACAUCUGCGCCGCCCCGGACGCCACCACAGGCCGAGACAUUUCCCCCCGAGAUUGUCAACACCCCGCCGACGCCGACAGACUCUCGUCACAAUAGCGUGUCCUCAUCCCCAGCCUCGUCUCGCAUCGCCCAGCUCCCCAAUGUCGUUGUCUCGCAUUCUGGUAAUAUGAUCUCACACAGGCGAGCGCGAGCAGGUUCAGCGGCAAGCAUCGGCCCCAGCAAACUUUCAAACAUCACAGCAGCACCUCUUACACCGACUCCAGAGAACGUUGGUCCUCCGACUCCAGGCGCCGGGUUCUUCUCUUCAGUCUUCUCCGCCGCGCAGAACGCUGCCAACACCCUCACAAACACCAUCAACACGGGCAUCAGCCCCAACACCCCCAAAGGCAAAUCGGCCAGUUCGACCAAGCUUGACGACCAAUCCAAAGACGACAGGGUGGAAGUCGUGCCAUCGGCAGCACAGGCAAAGUCCGGCAACAUGGGCGGCAAAGAGCUUGCCGUCAAGACCCUUGGGUCGGGUGGUCUGAGCCUGGAGCAGCUUGGCAUCGCUGACCACGGCAGUGCCUCUCCUACACCAACCAUGUCGAGAUUUCCCGAAAAGCCCGCCGAGUCCAGAUUACGGUCCGAGUCGGCUCCUGUCGACGUUUCUAGCGAAGUUCAGGCAAGCAACCAGCUGGAAGAGCCAAGCUUGAUGCGACCCAGUUCGCUGGCUGGAUCAGUCACGCCGCCAACGAGCCUGUAUGAGGGCAAGUCAAAUAUCCAGAGGAGCAGCAGUAUACGCAGCGCCAUUAGUCGACGUCGGAAAAGAGGCAGUACUGGUGGUACGGCAACCACAUCGGCCACGGGCAACACUAUUGGUGCAGCUAUCGUUGCGGCGAACGCCUCUAUCACCAAUCCGCAAGCAGGCGGCGGUGCUCCGAAAUUCACCGGGUUCGCGGUGGCCAGCAAGAAACGCAACCGCGAUUUCCAUGGCCUCUUCAAGAGCGUCCCCGAUGACGACUACCUGAUCGAGGACUACAGCUGUGCCCUGCAGCGAGAGAUCUUGGCCCACGGUCGGCUUUAUGUAUCUGAAGGCCACUUGUGCUUCAGUAGCAAUAUCCUGGGAUGGUCAACCACGUUGGUGAUGAGUUUCGAUGAGAUUGUAUCCGUUGAGAAGCGAAGCACGGCGCUGGUCUUCAAGAACGGUCUGAUGAUCUCGACGCUCCACGCCAAGCAUGUCUUUGCCAGUUUCACCAGUCGUGACUCUACGUACGAUCUCAUAGUCAACAUCUGGAAGCUGGGUCAUCCCACGCUUCGUAGUACGCUCAACGGCGUCUCCCUCGGCGAUGAGACGGGCGGCGACAAGACUGAGAAGAUCGACGCCGAUGAGAUCGCAGCAGAGGCGAACAGUGGCUCGGGAACAGACGACGAAGAAGAAGACGACUCCGAUGAUGGAGAGGACAUAUACGAUGAGGACGAAGAUGAGGAUGACGUGCCACAGGCGACGCAGACGACGGAACUGAGUUCGGCGGACACAGAUGCAGAGAAGAUUACGACGAGAAAGGUUUCUGGGGCUGUACCCGGAGGCAUGUCUGCGGAAAAGGCAGACGGUGCGCCAGCACCUUCGGCCGCCGCGACCUUCCCUGGCCCUACUACGCAUGCGCCUACAGAGUGCAGCGAGGCCGAUACACAUUUCGAGGUCGCUCUCGCGGACGACGUCAUUCCUGCGCCUCUUGGACAGAUUUAUGACUUCAUGUUUGGGCCGACGUCUGUCACCUGGAUGGCGAAGUGGUUGACAGGCGAACAGAAAUGCACAGAUCUCCAGAUGGAAGACAAGAAAGGCCUGACCAACGACAACAAAACAAGACACUACACCUACAUCAAGCCACUGUACGCGCCGAUAGGCCCCAAGCAGACCAAGUGUCUCGUCGACGAAACAGUGGAGGCGCUCGAUCUCGAGAAGAGCGUCAGCGUUCUCGUGGCCGUGCAGAAUCCUGACGUGCCCAGUGGUAACGUCUUCAGUGUCAAGACAAAAUAUUGUCUAACAUGGGCCGAGAACAACUCUACCCGCGUCAAUGUCAACUGCACCAUUGAAUGGACAGGAAAGAGUUGGCUCAAAGGCCCUAUUGAGAAAGGCGCGAAAGACGGACAGAUGCAAUAUUGCAAAGACCUCUUUGCAGCGCUCAAAUCCGCAGUGUCGUCUCGCAGCCGUGCUACUGGUGGGAAUGGCGCAACCGGUAAGGGCAAGAAGAAGAAGGGCAAGAGCAAGCAGUCGGAUGCGUCAAAUGAGAACCAAAAGGUGUCUGAAAGACAAGCCUCGAAGGCCUCGGACUGGGGUAUAUUCGAACCACUCCACGGCCUCCUUGGCCCGGUUGGCGACAUUGUUAAACCAGUAUUCACGGGCAACGUGGUCUACGGGCUGUUCGUUGGUUUGCUUGUGGCGUCAUUCUUUGGGUUUGGUCUGCGGCCGGCUGGACCAGGCUACGGUCGCAGUCUGGGCUUCAUGAGCCAUGCCGAGCGGCAAAUCGCCUACGAUCAAGCUUGGAGAAACGAGGAGGGUGAUUUGUGGGAUUGGCUCGAGGAUCGUGUCGGCCACCACCGACUAAGCUCUGAUGCCGUGCCUGUACAAAUGCGAGUGGUUGAGCCGCAGGCUGUUGAGGAGAAGCUGCGGCAAGAGCGGAUGAACGAGAAGGAGAUGGCCGAAGCCAUCCGGGUCACGGAGGAGAAGCUCAAGAUCCUGAAGUCGGUCAUGGAUCAGAGGAGCAAAGCCGCCGGGUCGUCGACAUUACGUGGGCGGCCUACGGAGCGGGUACCUGAGCUGUGA